CGCGCGAGGUUCCAAGGGCAGGGGGAUGGAACGCCGGGUGCGCGGCUCGGCUCGGCUCAUUUCGCCUCACCCUUUUCCUUCCUGCCCCUCCUCAGUGCUGGUACAUCACGCCCCCACCCCCUGGACCUGCCCCUUCAUUGCUGAGCUCAAGAAAGAGACACGGCCCCUGUCCCCCAGCCCAGAGGCAGCCAUGGCUGCAGGGAGCCCAGUGGAAAGUCUCUGGUAGGAAGCGCCACAUCCCGUCUGCCUGGAGGAUUUUGCAGCCCCUGUCACUCUGGAGCGUGGAUACAAUAUCUGCCAGGCCCCCCACAGCUCAGAGUGCAGAGACACUGAGCAGCAGGGACACCUCUGGUCAAAUCGGCAGCUGGCAAAUGUGGGGGAACUAGCCAAACCACUUAGUUUCCAGGCAGCAAAGAGAGCAAGAUGGGACAGGGUUUGUGGGUAGCACCAGGAGGCUCUGAAGCUGUUCUGUGAUGAGGAUCAAACUCCCAUCUCUGUGUGACAGAUCCCAGGCUCAUACAGUGGUGCCCAAACAGAAGGCUGCCCAGGAGUACAAGGAAAAAUUGGAGGCCCAUUUGAAGACUCUGAGGGAAGAGAGAGAAAAGCUGCUGGGAAGAAAAAUUACAGCAGAGGGGAAAAGCCGGAAGUAUCUGAAAUGGACCCAAGCAGAGAGGCAGAUGAUUGUGGCUGAGUUUCAGCAGCUGCGGCAGUUCCUGGAGGAACAAGAAGGGCUCCUGCUGGCCCAGCUGGAUGAGGAAAUUGUCAGGAGACUCUCCAUGCAGAUUUCCCAUCUCAGUGAGCAGAUUGGUGAGCUAGAGGGGAAGUGUCAGAAGCCAGUGAGUGAAUUAUUGAAGGUGUGAGAUGGGGCAGUUCCAGCUGCCAGAGGAGAUUUCCCCUUAACUGGAAGAACAAGUCAGAGGUUUUUCCCAGAAAAUGAUUGCACUGUCGGAGACUCUGAAGGAGUUCAAAGGUACCUAGAAGGAAUGGAGGAGGGGAAAGUGGUUCAAGUAUCUGAGACUGUUGAAUCUGGCCUCUGAAGCCAACCUUCUCCUGCCUCAAUUCCCACGUGGAGACUGACAGCCCCAUCACUCUGCUGUCCUUAGAGACACUGAGCAAACAGACCCAAGUGCUUGCAGAUAGAGCCAGGGGUUUGCAAACUCUGAACCUCCCAUUCCGAGAUCAAAAUUGCUAAAGUUACUGUGAUGGCAACGUGUUCUGCCACCACAGCUCCAGGUUAUGAUAAGAGGCAGUAAGUGAAUGAGAAACCAAGUGGGAGGGAGUGAGGAAGGAACAGUAAAUCUCAUUUACAGCUUGUCUCUCAUGGAAUGGGUGUGAAGCUGCAGGGAUGUUGGCUCCAUAGCUGGGAGGGGCCCGAGAGAGAGGAAAUGAAAGUUUCAGACUCUUCCAUACUAAAUACCUGAGUGUCCCUCUGUCUGGUCUCUGAUACAAUUGAAAUGCAGAGUUCAUAGUGGGGACAUUGUUAUAAAGAGGAGAGCCUAGAAUCUCACCUCUCUUAUCCCUUCCCUCACCAUAUACUCUGCCCUCUGCAGUGGAGAGGUCCAGAAGAAAAUCCCUGGGAGCUUUCAGACAGGGUGAGUUUGCAGGUGAAGAGUCUUUAAAUGAUGAGAAAAUUCCCGUGAAAACAUCUUCAUGGGAUUGUCAUUGAAGUUACCAACCAGACCCAGCGACCACAGUGCACACAGCCCUAAAUCUCACCCAGUGAUCAGUGAGGAGUCCCAGGGGAUAUGUGAACACUUGGAGAAACACUAGUCUGAGUUUGGGAUGCUAAAGAGAUGAAGCACACAACGGACGGCACCUUCUGGCUCAGAUUUCACUGCUCAGUCAAUUUCAAUAUGGGGUUGGUUUCAAACAAUAAAUAGGCUGAGAGCUGACUGGCUUCCAUGGUAUCAGUUUGUUCAAGGCAAGAAACUGCUGGAUCCCCAAGGGCUGUUAAGUCUAGUGCAGGCCUGGGCAAAAUACAGGCCAUGGGCCGGCUCCAUGGCACCAAGCCAUCGGAUUCAGCACACGAAUGCCACUCCCCAUCAGCAAGUCACUCAGAAAGUGACUGUGAGCUCAGAGGAGAGGGGGGAAGGCUUUAGGCGCUACUUCCAUCCCCAGGACAAUCUCAUUGGCUGAUUUCUGGCCAGAAGCAAAGCACUGCUCUCCCUCCCCUCUGGAUCAUAAUUAUUCACAUACCCUCAUGGCCCUGGCAGCUUGUACUCACAAUCUUUCUGUUAAUUGCAGUGCAGGGCUCUGAAGACAUGGACCCUAGACAACCAGCUGGGUUGCCUUCUGCUAAGGCCGGGCGGAAAACAAUUGCUCCUUUGAGCCAGAGUUGAACCAGCAACCUAAGGAUAAUUUGCCAAACACACACUACAGUUCUCUGCUCUGCCAACUGAGCUAUCAAAGGGUGCCUGAUUAUUACUGCUUUGUCCAUGUUGUCCCUUCUACAAGUCUUGGGGCGCAUGCUUCCCCCAAGUAUAUGUCAUUGCUUAUGAGUGGCAGAGCAGUACAGGUGCUGUCACAGGUACUUCACAUGCAGACGGACCCCUUGAGUGAAACCUGAGCUAGAUCCAUCCAUUUCACAGCAAAAGGAAGAAAGUUGGGUUCUUCUCAUGUGUCUUCUUUGUUUCAGAGUCUCUAGGGGUGCGGUAGGGGCAGGUCCACAAAAA